AACCACAAACUGUGUCAAAUCAACAGUGACACGCAGAGAGGUUACGUGUUGUAUGUAUGUUUGUCAGCGUGUUUUAGUCGUGUGGGUGUGUCCUCUUCGUGAGAAGUUAUGCGGAACUUGUGCCUCCACCACGGCAUGUUAAUGUUGUGGCUUCCUACUUACUGAGUGACCGUUUUUGAAGCAGGUUCUCACCGAGGCAGCGCGGCGUUUUGGGGGCUGACAGUAAAUGUCUGUGGCGUGAAGCCGGUCGUCAGCAGCUCGUACCUACAAGUUAAGCCAGGAUGGGAGCAAUGGAGCGCAAGAGUUGACACCACAGCAGAGUAUUCAGAGUAUGAAUAUGAAUUUAGCGCAACACUUUUUGUUGCUUGGUGUUGCUGUGAAAGGAGCGUGAGUGUUUCUUUUUAAGUAUCGUUUUAUUUUUUCCGCUUUUGAGUCCUUUUUUUACUGCCCGCGUGAGGCUAAACUAGCUUGCCAAAAUGAAGUUUAACGGUUACCUGAAGCUCCGGAUCGGCGAGGCGGUGGACCUUAAACCGACAACGUUUUCUCUCCGCCACUCUGUCAUUUUCAACAAAACCCCUCCGGUGCUGGACCCGUACAUUGUGGUGAAGGUGGACGACUUCAAAAUUGGACAAACUCACACCAAACAGAAAACCAACACGCCGACGUACAACGAGGAGUUCUGCCUCAACGUGAUGAAUGGGAAGCAAAUCGAGAUGGCAGUUUUCCACGACACUCCAAUCGGAUACGAUGACUUUGUGGCCAACUGCAUCCUGCAGUUUGAGGACCUCAUCAAAACCUCCAACACCGGGGAGACGUUUGAGGGAUGGAUGGACUUGGAGCCUGAGGGCAAGGUCUACGUCCAUAUUGCACUCAAUGGAUCCUUCAUUGAUGAUGAUGCCAUUGUGAAAGAGAAGACCUACAAGCAGUUUACAAGGAAGCGGCAGGGUGCUGUGAGACGGAGGAUCCACCAGGUCAACGGACACAAGUUCAUGUCCACUUUCCUCCGUCAACCCACCUUCUGUUUUCAUUGCAAAGAGUUCAUCUGGGGUGUUUUUGGAAAACAGGGCUACCAGUGCCAAGUGUGUACCUGCGUGGUUCACAAACGAUGCCACCAACAAGUUGUCACUGUGUGUCCACGCAUGAAGAAGUCAACAAAAGAACAACCCGUAAGCCAAGGCUUCAGUAUCAACGUCCCUCACAAGUUCAACAUCCACACCUACAAGUCGCCCACCUUCUGUGACCACUGUGGAUCACUGCUGUGGGGAUUAGUCAGGCAGGGGCUGCAUUGUAAAAUCUGCAAAAUGAAUGUUCACAUCCGCUGCAAAGGCAACGUCGCUCCCAACUGUGGGGUCAACAGUGUGGAACUGGCCAAUAAGCUUGCAGAGAUUGGUCUGCAGGCUGGAGGAAUUACUAAACGCAACUCCCUGGCCAAAAAUGCAGAUUCCAUGGGUAUGCCCGCUGAAAGCAAAGAGAGUACAGAGAGGCAACGGCAGCAGAUCCCUCGGCUUGGCAUCUCAGACUUCACGUUUCUUCAAGUCCUUGGCAAGGGCAGCUUUGGCAAGGUGAUGCUAGCGAAACUAAACAGCAAAGACCAGGUUUUUGCAGUCAAGGUGUUGAAGAAGGACAUCAUUUUGCAGGAUGAUGAUGUGGAAUGUACCAUGACGGAGAAGAGGGUGCUGUCACUGGCCCGCUGUCACCCUUACCUGACACAGUUGUACUGCUGCUUCCAGACACCGGACCGUCUCUUCUUUGUGAUGGAGUUUGUGAAUGGCGGCGAUCUUAUGUUCCAUAUCCAGAAGUCCAGGAAGUUUGAAGAGCCUAGAGCACGUUUCUACACAGCAGAGAUCACCUCUGCUCUCAUGUUCCUGCACAGCAAAGGCAUCCUCUACAGGGAUCUAAAAUUGGACAACGUUCUUCUUGACAAGGACGGUCACUGUAAAUUAGCAGACUUUGGCAUGUGCAAAGAGAGCAUAUUUGAAGGUGCAGCCACAGGAACCUUCUGUGGGACCCCAGAUUACAUUGCUCCCGAGAUCCUGCAGGAGAUGCUGUAUGGGCCCUCUGUUGAUUGGUGGGCUCUCGGGGUGCUGCUGUAUGAGAUGCUGUCAGGACACGCUCCCUUCGAGGCCGAAAAUGAAGAUGACCUCUUUGAGUCGAUCCUCAAUGAGGAGGUUGUUUAUGCGUCUUGGCUCAGUGCAGAAGCAGUGAACUUGGUCAAAGCUUUACUGACCAAAAACCCGGCCCGCCGUCUGGGCUGUGUGGCCUCGGAAGGUGGAGAGAGCGCAGUGAUCAGCCACGCCUUCUUCAGUGACAUCGAUUGGGAGAAGCUGAAUCGUAGAGAAUUGGAGCCACCGUUCAAGCCCAGGAUCAAAGCACCAGAGGAUGUCAACAACUUUGACCCAGAUUUUACUCAGGAAGAACCCACCCUCACGCCCAUCGAUGACCCUCUGAUCCCCUCCAUUAACCAGGAGGAGUUUCGUGACUUCUCCUUCACUUCACCCGAACUUAUGGAGAGCUAAGAGUCCUCCGUAUUGAUCCACCAGUCAUCCUGCACUUGUCUCACUCCUGUCAGUGUCCGUGGUUUUGUCUAAGACAGUUCCCAGUGGUAUGUACAGUGUGAGGCUGUCACAUUCCCCAAAGACAUGAGGGUGCAAAAUCCCAAGGAGUCAGCCAAACACAUGCUCAACAAGAUACAGAGCUGCACCUGAUGAACUCUAAAGCACUCCUGUGAUUUCCGAAAAAGUGGCCUGUGAUCUGUUUUUGAAAUAUUGUUCAGUUUUAACUAUGUUAUGGCCUGGCUGGGACACAUUCAUGUGAGUGUCUGCAUGGAGGUGGUGUAUGUGACAUGUUGAUAUAUAGCACACUUGUUUGACAAAAGUGUACAAUGUCAGAAUUUUAUUGUACAUUUGCUCUCCUAUAGAUGGAUGAAUUUGCUUUGAGUUACUUCAAAUGAACCUUAAGGACACAGUCUGUGUUUCAUUUCUUACAAGGAAGAAACCAAGAGUCACGUUUUAACAGCCUGCCAGGGGUUCCCAGAAAAGUCCAGCUUCCAGUUUAAAUCCAGGAAGGAAUGAGUGAGUGGAUGAAAUAGUUUCUCAGUGAUGCAAACUGGAAAAAAACAAAUAUGUGCAGACCCACACAGUCUGUCUAAGUGAGAGCUGAGUCCCUCCACGUUCAAAAUAAAAGCAUGAGGAAACUUAAA